AUGAUGAACCCAAGGGGUUCUUCUCCUUCAUCAUUUUUUUCUGAGGGGGUGCGAUUUCACGAUGAGAGACAGCUUGGCUUAUGGAAGAUGGAUACCAUGCCAGGUUACUAUGGUUUGGAAACGGGUGGAGCACUCAGACCCCGUGUUGCUGAUUUGUCACCUCUUGAGAAUAGAAACCAGCUGGAUCCUCUAAUGGGAAAGGGUUUUGACCUUCCUGAAUAUUUUGGAAGUCAUGGUAAAAAAGUUAACAUUACCUUAGAUAAGCACAUUGUUGGAGCUGAAAGAGCAGUCAGCCAUUCCUUGCCUAGUACUGUUGACCAUGAUCUAAGUGCUAGAUCUAAUUCAAAUGACGUGUCUGCGUCUUACUUUUUGGAUGGAGAUAGAAUAAACAUCAUGGGUACUCAGUAUGAAAAUGGUCUCUUUUCAAGUUCAUUAUCUGAUUUAUUUAGUAGAAAGGUGAGAUUAUCAUCAAAUGAUGCUCCAUAUGGUCAUUCAUUUGGUGUUGCUGCUGCCCCUCACUAUGAGGCAAAAGAGGGUUUUGAGUCUCUUGAAGAACUUGAGGCUCAAACUAUUGGUAAUCUUCUACCUGAUGAUGAGGACUUGCUUUCUGGUUUGAUUGAUGGGCUUGGAUGUGUUGCCCAAUCUAAUAAUGUGGGUGACAUGGAAGAUUUGGACCUGUUUAGUAGUGUUGGAGGACUGGAGCUAGGAGAAGAUAGUCCCUCACAAAGAAACUAUGAAUUUUCUAAUGUCACUUCUAACAAUCAGCUGGGAGUGUCUUAUGGUUCCAAUAAUCAGGAGCACCCGUCAAGAACACUCUUUGUAAGAAACAUAAACAGCAAUGACGAAGAUUCUGAAUUAAGAGCACUUUUCGAGCAAUAUGGGGAGAUCCGCACUCUCUAUACAGCAUGCAAGCAUCGAGGGUUUGUUAUUAUCUCAUAUUAUGAUAUAAGAGCAGCCCAAAAUGCAGUGAAAGAUAUCCAGAAUAAGCCAUUAAGAUGCAGGAAACUUGACAUACAUUUCUCAUUUCCAAAGGAGAAUCCAUUAGAAAAUGAUAAUCAGGGAGUUCUUCAGGUUUAUAACCUCGAUUCUAAUAUUUCAACUGAUGAACUCCGACAAAUUUUUGGUGUCUAUGGUGAGAUCAAGGAGAUUCACGGGACACUCAAUAGAGGUCAUCAGAAAUUUAUUGAGUUUUAUGAUGUUAGAGCUGCAGAAGCUGCUCUUCAUGCAUUGAACAGGAGUGAAAUUGCUGGAAAGCAGAUUAAGAUCGAAGCAAGCCUACCUGAUGGUUCUAAAAGAUUAAUGCAGCCAUUUAGUUCUGAGAUGGACCAUGACGAAUCUGGUCUUCAAGUGCAGCAGAAUAGCCCUCCUAAUAACUUGACUACUGUAUUUUCUGGACCAUUUUCACUUGGGGGAAUCACAUCUAAUACAAACAACGGAACUAUUCUUGGUUCACACUUCACGAAUGGUAACCCAAAUAGUCCACUCUUGGAUAAUGUAUUUCGCCAUGGGGCAUCAUGUAGUGUGCCUAAUAGUUUACCCACUCUGGUAAGGGUGGGAUCAGUUGGAAAUCAGUCUAGUGUUGGUGAAUCUGGUCACUCUGGGGGCAGCCUGAAGUUUGAAAUUCGGGGGAUGCCAAAUUCCCAUCCCCAUUCGCUUCCAGAAUAUCAUGAUGGUUUAGCUAAAGGGCCGCCCUCUGGUUCUACCAGUAACAUGGCUACAAAUAUCAGUGUCAGACCACCAGUAAUCUUAGAGAACCAGCAGUUUCAUAGAGUUAGCUCGAAUGGGCAGUCAAUUGAGUUGAAUGAAGGUGUUUUUGGUUCCUCUGGAAAUGGAAGCUGUCCUCCUCCUGGGCGUCACUACUUUUGGAGUAAUUCGCAUCAUCCUCACACACAAGGCAUUGUUUGGUCAAAUUCGCCAUCAUUUGUCAAUGGGAUUGGUGCUGCUCGUCCUCAACAAUUGCAUUCAGCUCCUAGACCACCAUCUCAUAUGUUGAAUGCACUUAUGCCUAUAAAUAACCACCAUGUGGGAUCAGCACCAUCUGUCAAUCCUGCUCUAUGGGAUAGACGACAUGCUUAUGCUGGGGAAUCUCCUGAUGCUACUGUUUUUCACCCAGGUUCACUUGCAAAUUUGAUGAGAUCGGGAAGUUCACCACGUCCUUUGGAAUUUGCCCCUCAUAACAUCUUUCCUCGCACUGGUGGAAAUUAUAUGGACUUGCCAAUCCCUUCUAAAAAUAUUGGAUUGCAUACUCAUCAUCAGAGGUGCAUGAUGUUUCCUACGGGGGGCCAAAUGAUUUCUAUGAUGAGUUCGUUUGAUUCUCCUAGUGAACGGAAUAGAGGCUGCAGAAAUGAAGGCAGCUCAAGUCAAGCUGACAACAAGAAACAGUUUGAGCUUGACAUAGACCGAAUUGUAUGUGAAAAAGACAAGCGCACGACACUUAUGAUAAAGAACAUUCCCAACAAGUACACCUCAAAGAUGCUUUUGGCUGCCAUUGAUGAACGCCAUCGAGGGACUUAUGAUUUCAUUUACUUACCUAUUGAUUUCAAGAACAAAUGCAAUGUGGGCUAUGCAUUUAUAAACAUGACAGAACCUUCCCUCAUUAUUCCUUUUUAUCGGACUUUCAGUGGGAAGAAAUGGGAGAAGUUCAAUAGUGAAAAAGUGGCAUCCUUGGCAUAUGCUCGCAUACAGGGAAAGGCUGCCCUCAUUGCACACUUCCAGAAUUCAAGCUUGAUGAACGAAGACAAGCGAUGCCGCCCUAUUCUCUUUCAUACUGAUGGUCCUAAUGCUGGCGAUCAGGUUCCCUUCCCAAUGGGCACUAAUAUUCGACCUAGACCUGUAAAAAUUAGAGCCAGCACUAGUGAGGACUACAAUCAAGAAGUCCCUCCGAAUUUGUUGAACGGGGAGGAAAUUUCCAAUGGAGACUCGUCUUCAGGUUCUGGCAAGGAUUCAGAUUGA